CCAAGUUUCUACCUCCAGAUCCGUCUGGUGUACUUGCUGAGAAGCCUGAAACACUGGGGCCACCUGGAAGAAGCCAUCCACUGAACCGGGGAAAAUGGAAGACAAGGACGCGUUACCCCAGUUCCUCCACAAUAUAUUAUCCACAUCUCAUUCUUUGUUUGUAAGAAGUAAUAAAGGAAGCAAUGAAGAAUCCACCACCACAUAUGACUAUGACUACAGCAGUCCCUGUUACAAACCCGACGUGAAGCACAUCGGAGCCCUGCUCCUGCCACCGCUCUACUCUCUGGUGUUCAUCUUUGGUUUCGUGGGCAACCUGCUGGUAGUUCUCAUCCUGAUCAACUGCAAAAGGCUGAAGAGCAUGACUGACAUCUACCUGCUCAAUUUGGCCAUCUCCGACCUGCUUUUCCUUCUCACUCUCCCAUUCUGGGCUCACUAUGCUGCAAAUGAAUGGAUCUUUGGAGAUGUCCUGUGUAAGUCACUCACGGGGAUGUAUCAAAUCGGUUAUUUUGGAGGAAUCUUUUUCAUCAUCCUCCUGACAAUUGAUAGGUACCUGGCCAUUGUCCACGCUGUGUUUGCUUUAAAAGCAAGGACUGUCACCUUCGGGGUGGUGACAAGUGUCAUCACCUGGGUGGCGGCCGUGUUUGCCUCUGUCCCAGGAAUCAUCUUUACUAGAUUCCAAGAAGAAAAUUCACAUUACUCCUGUGGCCCAUAUUUUCCAUUAAAAUGGAAGAACUUUCAUACAAUAAUGAGGAAUGUCUUGAGCCUGGUGCUGCCCCUGCUCGUCAUGGUCAUCUGCUACUCGGGGAUCCUGAGAACCCUGCUUCGGUGUCGGAAUGAGAGGAAGAGACACAAGGCUGUGAGGCUCAUCUUCACCAUCAUGAUCGUCUACUUUCUUUUCUGGGCUCCCUACAACAUUGUCCUCCUCCUGACCACCUUCCAGGAAUUCUUUGGCCUGAGUAACUGUGAGAGCACCAGUCAGCUGGACCAAGCCAUGCAGGUGACAGAGACUCUCGGGAUGACGCACUGUUGCAUCAACCCUGUCAUCUACGCCUUCGUCGGGGAGAAGUUCAGAAGGUAUCUCUCCGUGUUCUUCCGGAAGCACAUGACCAAGCAUCUCUGCAAACAGUGUCCAGUUUUCUACAGGGAGACAGCAGAUCGAGUGAGCUCCACAUACACCCCUUCCACGGGGGAGCAGGAUGUCUCCGUGGGCUUGUAAAAUGAGUGACGAUUUGCUUUUUGUACUUUAAGGGAGAUGGCAAUCCAGAUGUACUCAAGCCUCUGCUGCAGAAGAAAGAUCUAUAAAAUCAGGCACCCAGGAACCUCAGGGCCGUGCCAGGACAGACUCAUGUCACUCUCUGUAUCUCUAAGGCAUGCUCAGGGAAUAUUCCAGAACAACUAGGGGCUGCUGUUCCUGCCUCCUGGUGCCUUCCUUCCCCCACAGUCCUCAUCAUGUCACUCUUGACUGUACAAUUGUCCCUAUUCCAAAAGACAGUUUGUGAAGGUCCCGAGGAGCAGACCAAGGGAGCAUGUGAAGGAAACUAUGCACACAUAUGCCCCUUGACGGUCACAGGAGAGACACAGCAAAUGGUGGGGACACCGAGUCAUGUCCUCGAGGCAGAGGAGACUGGAGACAGGAGUGACAGAGGCCCCUGCAUUGAAAAAUCACACGUCUUGGCCUGUGACUCUCAGUGUCUAAGUUGCCAGGCAGGGUAAGCCUGGAGGAGGAAGGUUCUAGAUGGGUUGGGAACAA